UCAAUCGCCCAGCAACAAUACCGCCAAGAUGCCUAAGGAAGUCACCGACAUCAAGUCCUUCAUUGAGAUCUGCCGCAGAAAGGAUGCCUCCUCUGCGCGGAUAAAGAAGAACAAGGUCGGCAACAAGGAGCAGACCAAGUUCAAGGUCCGCUGCCACCGCUUCCUCUACACUCUCGUCCUCAAGGACUCCGACAAGGCCGAGAAGCUGAAGCAGUCUCUCCCACCGGGUCUCACCAUCUCCGACACCCCGAAGAAGAACGCCAAAGGCAAGCGCGUCGCCAAGUCCUCAUAGAUGGCAUGAAUGGGAGAAAUAGCAAUGGCGUUUAUGGCGAGGCAUUGAUCAAAUCGGAUAUCAGGACUGACGGAAAGUCGGUCGCAUGAGAUAGUGCUACUGCUACGUGAAAUGGACAAUGCGAAAUUCUCAGAUCCUGCAC